UGUAUCUGCCACCUAUUUAAGAACCUCUCUCUCUCUCUCUCUCUCUCUCUCUCUCAGAUUGAGGUGUCUUCAACCUCUCGUCUUUUUCCAGAUGAAGAUCGGCUUCCUCACUCUUCUCCUUCUGCUCCUGGCUUUCUCUUACGCUCUCUCUGCCUCUGCUGUUCCUGCAACCAGAUCCCGGAAUCUGAUGAACCUCCAAGACGCCUUGCCUCUCUCUUCUUUAUUACCUCAGAUGAAUGAUGCAGUGGAACUGGGAAAUGGUGCGGAGGUUGAGGGAGAAGCAGAAUUGAUAGAGGGAAGGAUGGAGUUGGAAACUCAGGACUAUGGAGGCACCGGAGCAAAUAAAGAUCACGAUCCUAAAACCCCUGGAAAGCCUUAACUCAUGAAUCCAGAAAAUGUAAAGGAACGGAUGUAAUAGAUAUAUACAUAUGUAAUAUGCAUACGUAUGUAUAUAUUAUUAUAUCUUGAUGAUAUGUCUUAGUCUUCUCUUAUAAUCAAUACAAGCUUGUCUUAGUCUUCUCUGUUUAAGUUUCUGUUCUGUCUGGCGUUCUUAGUUCCCAUGUAAGCUCACUGUUAGUCAUAUAAUUAAGCCAAGCUCACCUCUUUUGAGGAUCAAAUCAGGCAAAUCUGAUAGUUAAGUUAGAACAUCAGUGAUCUUAUCUCAUAAGUGAGUUAAUCGCUCAGAUUAAUCAUAUUUCAGUCUGCUCUUACACCUCUAGUUAGAUUAUUAAUAGCAGAAUAUGCAUUUUUUAGUGCUUU